AGUGCUUUCUAGGAGCCCCAUGAGCCUUUAAUGCCUUGGUUUUGCCCUGCCCCUCUGACCCCUACCUCCUUCAGGCAUGCAUCUGGCCCUCACCACUGUGCUCCUGUGGGCAUGGGGGAGUCCCCAGGCCUUCGAAAUUGUGGAGAAGGAAAACAUUUUUCAGAAGACCCCCUGCCCUGCUUUCCUGAUGUUUGAAAAUGCAGCCUACCUGGCUGACAUGAGCUUUGAGCUUCCCUGUCACUGCAAACCUGAAGAGGUGACAGCUGUAGUCUGGUUCUACCAAAAGCACCUAGGUAGCAGCCACACCAAAGUGCUGACGGACUUUGAUGGGCGGGUGCUGACAGAGGCAGCCCAGGUACGUGUGGGCAGCGACAUGCUGACCCGCUUCAGCAUCCGCAUGUUCAGCCUGUUGGUUUUCAGGGCUCAGCCUGAGGACUCAGGUCUGUACUUCUGCGGCACCCGCAAGGGGGACUACUUCUACGCCUACGAUGUGGACAUCCAGAACAGUGAGGGAAUGGUGGCCACUUUCCAGGACGAGGGCCAGGAGCCCUUCGCAGAUGAAUACUAUGGGCAUCUCCAUGUCUUCACCACCUUCUGGGAAUGGACCCCCUGUGACCGCUGUGGGGUGCGUGGGGAGCAGUGGCGCAUCGGCCUGUGCUACCUGCAGAGCCCAGACCUCUCCCCACGCUACCUCAAGGCGGUGCCCGAUGUGGUGUCUUGUGGCUCAAGGGCUGUGCCAAGGAAGCUGCGGACCAAGGCCAGGGACCACAUGCCUGAGCUGCUGGUUCGGAGCUGCUUAGUACCCUGUGAGAAGACGAAGACCAUCCGGGAGGGCGUGCUGGCCAUUGUUAACUAUGUGUCCAAAGUGGGCAGCCGGCCCUGGGUGCCCCAUGUGCCCAUUCAGUUCCAUCAGCAGAGACUGGGCCAUGGCCUCAUCAUCUCCUGUCCCGGGGCCCGGCCAGAGCAUGCGGUGGCCUGGGACAAAGACCGCCAGCACCUCUACCGCACACAGUACCUGAAGGGUGUCAACAGGUCCAUGAGAGUGUUCAUUGACCAUGGCAACCAGCUCCACAUCCGCUUCACCCAGCUGGAUGACCGGGGCAUCUACUAUUGCUGGAGGCAGGGUGUGCGAGUUGCUGGCUUCCGGCUGGGUGUGACAUCUCGUGGGCGCUACCCAGCCUCGUUCUCGGAUCCUGAGACUCGCUCGGCUGUGGAGCUCACCCUGAUAGGCUACCUGCUCAUCACGGCAGUCUUUGUCACCAUUCACCUCUGUCGUUGCUGCUGCUACUUAUUUCACUGUUGUCCCAACUUCUCCCCCUAGGAUCUGUCUUCAGCUCUGAAGACCACUUGUCCUUCAAUGUGUUUGUUAAAUGAUACCAGAUGUCUCUGGGUGGGUACCCUGGGUUGGGACGUGUGGUAGGAACAUGUGGACAAAUCUGUUAGUUACAGCCUGCUCCCCAUUUUCAUGGGCAGGUCUGGGACCUGAUCUGAGAAGUGGAGGGGCCUGAGGCUGGUGGGAGAUUGGGGACUGAGGUCAGGAUGGAAGUAGGCCACACGUGUUUCCUGACUUCACACUUAGGUCAGAGAAGGAAGGCGUGAACUCAGAUUUAUCCAAUGGUAAACACUGAUCAGUGUUGAAUCGUGUUUGAGCUGCUUUACAUUCUUGCCUAUGAGGAUUGUGCUGGUUGAGUUGCAGGUAGCAGGGAGAGGAAGGAAGAAAAGAGUGGAGGGAGCUGGUGUAUGUCCUCUUUGGCUGUGGGUGGAAUUUGGUGAGGGCAUGGGCCCCAGAGAUGAUCGGUAAUAAGAAAUGAGUUGCUCUUCUCAAAGGCUACAUUUCGGCCCCAGUCCCGCCCUCUCAUGAACAGAUCAGAGUCCACUCUGGGGAAGGGCGCAGCAUUUGUCUUUAUUUUUCCUCAGCGACUAAAGGCAGCAGCAGUGCCCUGAAGAUUAGCAGCAGCAGCAGCAGGUGGCAGGAAGGAGCGGAAGGAAAGGACACCAAGUCCUGGGGAGAGGGAAGGACCCUUCUUCGGCCUUAGAGGGGAGAGGAGAACCCUGAAGUGGGCCCUCCCAGUCCGGUUUCUGGGCACAGAUCCCACCAGUCUGCUCAGUCAAAGCAGAGGAGGUGCACCGGGGUGGACAUGCCAGCCCUGAGCACCCAGCCUCCAGGCUGCAGGAAUAUGAGCCAGUGUCUUCACUUUGCUCGUGCCUCAGUUUUACAAAUUGUAAAAUAGGGCACUACCUAAAAUGCUGGGUACAUUUUGUGCGUGAGUAAGAAGGGACCGCAAGAGGCCCUUGGCUUAGGGAAAAGCAGCCGGUCACUAUGGAGUGGAGAGGGUCAGACGUGUGGCAAUGGCUUACUGGGGUUAAGAAGCAGCAAUCCCAGGGGCUCAGAGGCUGGGGCGGUCUGGUAUGACACAGCAAGGAAGAGGCCUUUAGAACUGGG